GAAAGUGCGACAGCAGACAGACGGCAGUUCCUUUUGUUGGCUCAUCAAAACCAAACAGAGACUUAGCUUUCACUGAACUCUGUGCAGACAGAAGACCAUGAAGCUUCUCUUUUUAAUGUGUCUGCUGCUCUACAACUCCAUACAUACAGCUCAGACAAAGUCAACAACCAAAGGAACUACACCAAUAUCCACAUCUAGCACAUCUACAUCUACAUCUACCCAAAAACCGACCAGCGCAGCUUCACUUACGACAACAGCCAGCACAACUUCACCUACAACAACAGAGAUAAGUCCAAGCUCUUCCUCAAAAGAUCCAGAAAUUCAGACCACUUCUCUUGUGACUGCUGUGCUGGUCGGGGUGCUGCUGAUAGUUUUGGCUCUGUUUCUACUGAGAUGCUGUUUCAAAAGGAAAGCUGCCAGAGCCACCAAGACUGAUCAUGACUACGAGAUCGUAAAUGACGCGGCAGCAACCACACAGCCUGCAUCUUCUCCUCCAAAGGAACAGGAAGCCAUUUAUGUGCUGGCAGGUGAUCCAGACAUCAUAAAACUGGGCUUGAAGAACCAAAGUGCAGCUUCCCCUUUAGUACCACAAGCUCAGUCCACUGAGAACAACCCGAGUGAUCCGCUCUAUUCCACCAUCCAAGCGGUCAAUACAUAGCUGUGUGGAAUGAAGACCUCACUGCCUUCAAGAUCCAUACAGAAUAAUACAGCAUCUCAUCUACGUCUGUUUGAACUCCUUCACUUUAACAAAUGUUUUAACUUUUAAACUGGAUUUACCUAUAAUUAUUUCAUCGUUUUGUACAUGCCUGAAUAACUUAUUUUUGUAAUAAUGAAUGUUUUAGUCCCUGAUUGUGCUGUAAUAUUUGUAUAUUAUUAUUAUUAUUAUUAUUAUUAUUAUUAUUAUUAUAGUCAGUUAUGACUAUUCUGCAGAGUCAGACCUGUAAAACACAAACAAAAAAUUAGUGCUACAAAGAAAAGUUGGGGCCGCACUAAAGAUCAAGACUGUACACUGGGAAUCUUCAGGAACCGAGAUACUGGAACAUAUUUGUCAAGUAUAAUUUAGCGACUGGAUGCAAAUGGCUUAAUGACAACAGGCAAAAUCCAAGAUAGAGAAGUAAAGCCAGCAGGCAGUGCCAGAACAAGGGGCAGACAGGCUAAUAAACAAAAUAAAACAAAACACAAGAGUGAAAUGAGCCACAGGUGUGAAAGGGAGUGAGCCAGAGGAUGGGCGGAGUAGGCCUGUAAAGCGGGAAAUGCGACAAUAUAUGAGGUCAGAAGGAGCAUCUGAAGAGUUACAUUCUAAAAUUCUGUUUAUCCAUUUAUAAUAUAUAUGUUUUUGAAAAAAACAACAUAGUAUAUAGCAGAAAACAGUUUUUCACCAAAGAAGGGGAUAUUAAUCAUAAUAUAGCAUUGAUAUUUCGCUUAAUGUGUAAAGACCACUCCCACUAGUGUAUUCACUAUAUACGCUAUAUGGCCAAAAGUAUGUGGACACCUGACCAUCACACCUGUAUUAGCCUGUUGGGCAUCCUUUUCUUUAUGGAGUUGCCCCAUCUUUGUGGCUGUAACAGCCUCCACUC